ACUAGCACUGUAAUCCAAAUCUGGUUCUAGAGCCAGUCACUCUUCUUCCUCACAAACUCUUACGAAUGGCCACUCUUUCUUGCAUCCUUCAUCCCUCAAACCUUCUCUGAGGACAAAUAUCAAAUAGGUUUCAUAUUAAAGCAACCAUGUCUUUGGCUCCAGGUCGCUACCCAUCUCUGUAUUCUUCACCGCCAAUGUCAACCGAGAAAACCCACCUUUUCUUUUCUCCAACAAAGCGUUUUCCAUCCAAAAGCUCUUCAAUUUCUAGCAGUUCAUUGAGUUUCUGUAACACCCAGUUGCUGAAGCAGUCGGCUUUGAUUGUUAAAGCAUCGGAAACAGAGUCUCAGACGUCGAAACCGGAGACUGGAAGUGAAGGAGGAGGGGAAGGAGAAGAACAGUAUGAAGAGUAUGAGGUGGAGAUAGUGCAGCCUUAUGGGCUGAAAUUUAGAAAAGGCAGAGAUGGUAGAACUUACAUUGAUGCCAUUGCCCCUGGUGGAUCAGCUGAUAAAACUGGAUUGUUCACUGUUGGAGACAAAGUACUCGCUACCAGUGCAGUGUUUGGGACAGAAAUAUGGCCUGCUGCCGAAUAUGGGAGGACAAUGUAUACCAUUCGCCAAAGAAUCGGUCCAUUGCUCAUGAAAAUGGAGAAGAGAUAUGGGAAAGUGGACGAUUCAGGUGAAUUGACAGAGAAGGAGAUCAUUAGAGCUGAGAGAAACUCAGGCGUAAUCAGUGCCAGCGUGAGGGAAAUCCAAUUGCGAAACUACACAAGGAAAAAGGAACAAAAGGAACGCAGAAUUAAGGAUCUUCGUGAGGGGUUGCAACUAUACAAGGGUGCCAAAUAUGAGGAAGCACUAGAGAAAUUCGAGUCAGUGUUGGGAUCAAGACCUGAUCCUGAAGAAGCUUCAGUAGCAAGUUACAAUGUUGCUUGCUGUUACUCAAAGCUUAAUCAGGUACAAGCUGGUCUCUCUGCACUGGAGGAUGCCCUGCAAACAGGAUUCGAAGACUUUAAGAGAAUCAGGACAGAUCCUGACCUAGCCAACGUAAGAACAUCUGAGGAAUUUGAGCGUCUUAUGAAAAGGUUUGAUGAAUCAUUUAUCAAUGAGAAUGCCAUCAAUGCUGUCAAAUCUAUAUUUGGCAUAUUCAACAAGAAAUAAGGCCAGAGACAUUUGCUUCAGAAACAAAAAGAUUCGAAAGAAUCAUUCUUUACCAUUGUAUGAUUUUUUUCUUCUACACAGCUCAAGGUUGAGGUUAAUCUGUGAUACGGUAGGAGUUUCUCUUUUAGUUUUGUUUUCCUGUCAUGUAUAAUCUUCUUUGCAAGAUAUAUAGAAACUCAGCAAGAAUAGUUAUAUCCUUCUUCAGGUUCUCUACUUUAUCCCUCUCAGACAUCAAUGAAAAAUAUCAUACUUU